AAGUAUGAGUUUGUAGUUUGCCACUACAUGGUUUGUCAAAAUAGCUUUUCUUGCGGAAGUACAGAAAUCAACACCGGAAGUAAUACUUGUUGUUUCUGUUUGUAGCAUUUGGACACACUUUCUUACCAAAUAAACGUAAUAAUUUCACUCCGCACCAACAAAUGUGCCAAAUGAUAGUGCGAGCACCACAAGACCUAUUUCGCCAAUAUAUCGGCGAUUAUAAAAGGUACAAUUGGUGGCACAUUAAGCCGAUAAUCGAUAAUCACAAACGAAACAUGUUAGCAUAGGUGAGGGAGGGGCGGAGCUAACGAGGCUUCACACGGCGGUAAUGUAAAGUCUUACCUAUUCACUUACAUAGUCAGCACCAUAGACUCUUUAUAAGCACCACAUGUACGUAUGCCUGUCAUAAUGUCUGCCAUCUAUCGGUUAAAGUUAAAAACAAGUUUGACACAGGUCGUGAGAUUUGGGUAUAAUGUGCCUCCUCCACAGUGGAUGACACCUGAGAGCCUCCUGCGAGUUGGAAGCACAGCCAUAACACAGACUAGUAACCUCAGUAGCAUGAGCAUGGCUAAGAAGGCAAGGAAAAGCAGUGUUUCUUGUUCAAGGUGCCUCUCGAGUUCAAGUGAGAAUGGAGCAACUCGAGUGAAGAGGGUUUCUAUCGAGGGCAACAUUGCUGUCGGAAAGUCGACCUUUGCAAGACUCCUGCAGUCAGCUUGUCCAGACUGGGAGGUGGUGGCAGAACCUGUCAGCACGUGGCAGAACAUUAAGAGUGGGACCUUGAAGGGGACAGCCGCGUCCCCGCAGGCGACAGUCAGCAACCUGCUGCAGAUGAUGUACCAGGACCCUCAGCGCUGGUCCUACACAUUUCAGACGUUUUCCUGCAUGAGCCGUCUGAGAACGCAGCUGCAGCCUCCUCCGGCUCGUCUGUUCAGCUCAGAGGGAACACCUGUCCAGGUGUAUGAGCGCUCCAUCUACAGCGACAGAUACAUCUUUGCCCUGAACAUGUUUGAGCUGGGUUGUAUCAACUCUACAGAGUGGGCAGUCUACCAGGACUGGCACUCCCUCAUGGUGGAACAGUUUGGACACCAGGUGGAGCUGGAGGGCAUUAUCUACCUCAGAGCUCCACCAAAGAAGUGUAUGGAGCGUCUGGAGCGCCGGGGAAGGGCAGAGGAGAAAGGAGUGAAACUGGACUAUCUGGAUAAGCUGCAUGUUCAACAUGAGAAGUGGCUUGUUGAGAAAAGCACUGAAUUACAUUUUGAGAAGUUGAAACAGAUACCUGUUUUGCAACUGGAUGCCAGUGUGGAGUUUCAGAGUGAGCCAGAGGUGCAGGAGGAAUUUAUAACAAAGAUGAGGAACUUCUUCAAUGCUUUAUGAGAAGACAAGACGUCAGCUACUAUCAGCAGUAGGAAACAGAUGAGACCAGUCAGACCUACCUCUAAAGAAACUGUUAGAUUGUUACAAUAUUUUUCAGGUUUUUAUUGUUUGCGUGUUAAUUUAUAGUUAGUUGUUAUACUGUUCUGUUUAUUCCACUUGAAGUCAAAACUUAGUCUGUGUUGUCACAUCUAGGAACAUUUGGAAACAGUUUACUGAGCGUCAUGCAGUUUUUGUGUCGGUUACUGUUUUACAUUCCUGACAAUGAAAAAGCAAAAAAGACAAAUAUUGUAAUAAUUGUCUGGUAACAAAUAAAAAACUA